UUCUUAGAAAGAUACCCCAAAAAAAAAGGUACAAUACUAUAAUUCUGUUUUCCUUUUGUUUAUUUCCUAGUUCUCAUCCCAGAAAGUGUUUCUUGUCUCUCUGUGUUUCAUGGCUAAAACUCAUACACUUGUACACUACUCAAUUUUUUAUCUCUUUAUUUCUGUAUUUACAUUUGCACAAGAUGUAAACCAAUUCAUCUACAAUGGUUUCCAAGGAGCCAACAAUCUUCAACUCUCAGGUCUUGCAAACAUCCAAUCUGAUGGCCUUUUACAACUAACCAACAAUUCACAACAACAAAGUGGUCAUGUUUUCUACCCUCAAACAUUCAACUUGAAUGCAAAUAAUUCUUUCUCCACAUCUUUUAUAUUUGCCAUGUAUCCUGAUGUUGAAGAUCUUGGUGGGCAUGGAAUAGCGUUUGUUAUCUCAUCAUCCAUGAACUUUAAUGAUGCUGCUCCUGCUGAGUUUCUAGGACUAUUCAAUCUGACUAACAAUGGUCUUUCAUCUAAUCAUGUUUUCGCCGUAGAAUUAGACACUAUUCCAAAUGCUGUAUUUGGAGAUAUUGAUGGCAAUCAUGUUGGUAUUGAUAUUAAUAGCUUGAAUUCUGUUGCUGCUGCUUCAGCAGCAUACUUUGAUGAUGCAUUACAGACGAACACUAGCCUUGAGCUUACUAGUCGCCAAGCUAUGCAAGUUUGGAUAGACUAUUAUGGAAAUUCAAGGCUAAUGAAUAUCACGUUAGCCCCAUUUGAUCAUCCUAAACCAGAACAUUCGCUCAUAUCAACUCAUGUUAAUCUUUCAUCUGUACUUGUUGAAUCUAUGUAUAUAGGUUUUUCUGCAGCUACUGGUAUUACUACAAAUGAGCAUUACAUAUUAGGUUGGAGUUGGAGUCAAGUUGGGCAAGCUCCAAGUUUUAAUUAUUCCGAUCUUCCAUCACUUCCAAGAGUUCCGAAUCCUCCAAGGAAUAGGCUAGAACCAAUUUUUAUUGUACUUCUUGUUGUUUUUGUACUAUUAUUGUUCGUGAUUGUUGGAAUUGUAUAUGUAAUAAGGAGGAAAAUGUAUGCAGAAGUUAAAGAAUCAUGGGAAGAUGAAUAUGCUUCUCAUAGAUUCUCAUUCAAGGAUUUGUAUGUAGCAACUAAAGGCUUUAAAGACUCUGAACUUCUUGGUUCUGGAGGUUUUGGGAAGGUGUAUAUAGGCGUGUUACCUUCUACAAACACCCAAGUCGCGGUCAAGAGAGUUUCCCAUGAUUCAAAGCAAGGAAUGAGGGAAUUUGUGGCUGAAAUUGUUAGCAUGAGAAGGCUAAGACACCGAAACUUGAUCCAACUCUUAGGCUAUUGUCGAAGAAAAGGAGAGCUUCUUUUGGUUUAUGAUUACAUGCCUAAUGGAAGCCUUGAUAAGCUCAUCUUUGUGAAAAAGGAAACUGAUUCUGUCCUUUUUUGGUCUCAGAGAAUGAACAUUAUUAAAGGGGUGGCUUCUGCCUUACUAUACCUUCAUGAAGAGUGGGAACAACUUGUCCUGCAUCGAGAUGUUAAAGCAAGUAAUGUUCUGUUAGAUGCUGAUAUGAAUGCUAAACUAGGUGAUUUUGGGCUUGCUAGACUAUACGAUCAUGGAAGUAAUCUUCGAAGUACCAACAUUGUUGGAACAGUUGGAUAUCUUGCACCAGAACUCGGUAUAACAGGCAAGCCAACUCCUGCUACCGAUGUUUUUGCUUUCGGAAUAUUCUUACUUGAGGUGGCCUGUGGAGUGCAGCCAUUUCGCGUGCUCAAUGUGGCCGGAGAUGAUCUAGUUUUAGUUGAUUGGGUAUUCGAGUGCUGGAAGAAGGGCGCUAUUGUUGAGACAAGCGAUCCUAAGCUAGGAGGAUAUUAUGAUAUUGAAGAAAUGGAGCUUGUUUUAAAACUAGGCUUACAUUGUUCACAUCCUAAACCAGAAGCAAGGCCUAGUAUGAGACAGGUUGGUCAAUUUCUUCACAAGGAUGCUGUUCUACCAGAUGUGCCAGUUGAUUACGAUCUCGAUAGAAGUGAUUUCUAUGAUCAAGGUUGGGGAACAUCUGGUUCACUUCCACCCUCAUUUCGGGUAUCAGAUAACACCUUAUUUUCGAAUAAAUCAGUCGGUCAUCAUGGUCGCUGAAAUCUGAAUGUUCUGCUGUAUUCUGAAUGUAAUUAAGGUGGAUUAGAUAGAUUAAGCUCAUAAUUAGGAAGCAAAUUUUAGAUCUUGUAAUUUGGAAGACAAGAUUAAACAUCUCUUUAUUUAUUUCUUUGUUGUGAAAUAACUUUUAUCCAUAAUACUACAUCUAUAUUUCUGAGUUC